GAAAUAAGAAAACAUAAAUAAAAUAAACAUUCUUUAAUAAAUUAGCAAUAACUCUUUGAAGUUGUUGGUAGAAAUAUUUUCACGAUGAGUUCUUAAGCAUUUGAACAUAUUUGCAUGGGGAUGCUAUUACUGGCUGAAAGGUCAUAGUACAGGAUAUAAUAUGAACGAAAAUACUCAUUAAAAACAGCUGUUACACCUCUGUAAACCGUUAGAGGCCAUGUUAAAUUCAAACUGUAAGGCGGAAAAUCGAGAUACUUCAGACUUUUUCAAAAGGAUACAAUUUCACAAGCAGCCCACACAAUUCCCACCAAAACUGAAAGCCAAUCCUUCAAUCUGCGAAAUGUAUUCAGCUGCAAAUUGUGAUUAAUAUGAGAAACUUUAUACUUCGCACCCCGGGGACAAAAAAAGAGAGCCGGACUCGCCCCCGCACAGCGGCCAGAAUAAAUGCGGCUCAAUUAAUCUUCAUGAAGUGGCGAAAUCAAAGACGCGCUCCGAAGUGACUUCGAGGUGGCCAAGACUAGAGCUUGGUAUAGAAGCCUCAAGGCUGGUAAGCCGACAACAUGUUGCUCGUGGGCCUAAAAUAUGCUUUGCUACUGGCUGUUGGUGGAUGUAUCCUGCCGAAUCCAAUCCUUGGUGGUGGGACAGAAAGUGACCAGGAGGUGCCCCACCGCAUCUACCGACUCCUCGACGGACUCUCAGGCGAACGGACCCUGAGUUCCAGCUCCACAUUCGCCCUGCUCCUCUCCCAGUUCCUGAUUAAACAGAAACUGCGCUACGAGGCUCCCACGCGUUAUGAACGGCAGCUCUACUACCAUCUGCUGCACAGAAUGGAGAACAUCCGGACGGGAUCCGGGGGAUUGGUCCAGGAACCGGGUAUCCAGGGGGAAAUCCUUAGCAUUGCCUUUCAACGGAAUGUGUUGCUGUUGCCUCACUCGCUAAAAUUGGGGGAACUGAAUGCCAAUGGGGACUACGAACAGCUGGCCGAAAUCUAUUCGAAUGUCGUUAACGAGGGGCAGCUCAAUAGGACGCAAUCGGAUCUCUGCCUACGAGACGUUGUGGAGCUGAAGCCCCCGAGCUGUAAGCUACUCCCCGGACAGUGUUUGGAACUACUGACCAGUGAUGCCCCGGCAUAUGGGUACCAGAGGACCCACCAGGUACUGCUGCUCUAUGUGCUGCAGCACCAGGUGUGUGCCCCCCAUCUCAGUCCUCCACAGGUGUACGAACUGCUGGCCCGGAGUCAGUGCGACGAGGUGGAACGCGAACAGAACGCCAUCCGGAGCCUGGGGCUGCCAGUCGCCUAUCGCGAUCUGUAUCUGGAGCAAGCCACCAUCUGCGGGUUGUUUGGCUACAAUGAGUUUGUCAACUGGCGCAACAUAAUGGAAAUUGGCAGCUGGCUGGCGGGGGAUACGCCGAAGGAUAAAUUGGCUGAUGAAAACGAUAGUCAGCACAUAAGCGAUUUGGCCUUGGUGUUCUUCGUAAAUGCACUACUGCUGCUGCAUUAAGUCCCCAAACAAACCCCAUAAUUUUUGCUUCUGCUUGAUAAGUCAAUAAAG